AUGACUGGAUCAAAAGCUCAUUCAUGGAAAAUACUUGUUUUAAGAAGAGAACAUGAAUUAACAGAAAAAGCUGAAGAAUAUUUACAUGAAAUGGGUUAUAAAAAUGCUCAAGUUAUUGCCAUUGAAAAUGAUAAAACCAAUGACGAUAAAUUAAUCGAACUUCUCAAGAGAAAUGAUUGGGAUGGUGUGUCGAUUGGUGGUGGUAUUAAUGGAUUUGAUGAUAAAUUUCCAAAAGAAGUAACAACUCUUCAUUGGUUUAAUCGUCUUGUUAAUCUCGUUCAUGAGCAUGCACCUAAUGCGAAACUUAUUUUUGUUACUGGUCCAGAUGAUAUAAUCGACUCAUACGAACGAGUACUUGGCUCUCUGGAAAAACCUGUUGAGACUAUUUAA